AUGAAUCCAUACCAUCAACAGCCAUACGGGCUUCCGCAACAGACACCAGGCCCGCCACAACCGCCGUGGCAAGCACCUCCGCGACGACAAGGAUGGGGAGACCCCAGGCUUCACGCACAGCCGCAACAACCGCAGCAACCACAGUCUCCAGCGUCUCCCUAUUAUGCCGCCGGACCCUCGUCGAAUGCGUUCGGAUCUCCUGUCCCACCAGCACCUCCUCCUCCGCCGCCGCCGCCGCCGUCGCAGUUUGAUACACAUCAGUGGGGAGUCAGAUAUAACCAGGGCCUGGGUGCUCAGGAGCCCAAACCUGCGUUGCCGCCACGUCCUUCCUCUGCCACGGGCAGGAUAAGCCCGCAGGCCCAUCAAACAGGAUAUUCGCAACAGCCUCCGCCGGCAUCGUCACAACAGCAGUAUUCGGCAUCGUGGAACGAUCCCUAUCACACGAGCACGACCGUACCACCUCCUCCACCCCCCCGACCGGCCGAGUAUCAGGCCCAGAUCCAGGCCGCCCACCAUAAUCGGACUGGAACCCCCCAUCAAGAAUACUCUUUCCAGCCUCCCACACAUCACUACGACCCUCCCGUAGUGCAGCAAAACGCAUGGAACACACAACAUGGACAGCCGACGGCACUGCCAUAUCACCCAACACCCCCUCCUCUGCCACAGACGUCGGGGGUGUUAGACGGUCCGUUGGUGUCGCCCAUAGAUUCCACGAGUGGUUACUGGGGCAGCGGUGUCCAGUCGCAUUCGAGUACAAGCCAGGCUCUCAAUCACUAUAAUCCUCCUGCCGCGAUCCAGACUCCAGACUUCAAGCCUGCAUUUUCUCAGGCGUUGGGCUUCGGUGGACCGUCUGAUUGGGAACAUUACGAUCCUAAUGCGCCUCCGCCAGAUCAAACACCGACAAGCCCUCCAUCCAAUCCCCUAUAUCAAGGCCCUAUUUCCCCUCCUCAGACACACGAAGCCCUCCCUGCGACCUAUCACACUCCGAAACCAGAGCCUGUUCUGCCGACUCAUGCCGUGGAGAUUGGCCUUACCAGUCCAGUGACGCCCCGAAGGGACUCGCGAACUCAACCACCUUCCGUGUUCGAUAACGUUCCAUCCCCGCCCUCGCAACCUGACGAUGAAAGACCUUCGACUGCUGGCCAACAGAAGAGUGAUGUUUCCGCUCGUUCUGACAAUGGGUCGGGGAUCGACAGUGUCAUUCAAGCCUGGAAUGCUCCCUUGAAUGUCCGGUCUGCUCAAUACCCGACACCAAGACCCGAAUCCCGGGCGUCUGCGCCACGGGCGACGUCUCCGGAGUCGGGCCUCUCUCCAAUCAGCGUCAAAGUGAUUGAUCCCUAUGCUGAUCUGGAACCGGAAUUCAAAGCCUCGCUGAAAAGAUAUGCGGCGAUGCUGCGAAAAGAGGCGGAAGCUGAGACCGAUGACGAGAAAUUCGACAUUUUCCAGAGCUUUAUCACCAAAGAGCUGAGGUUGAGGAGUCUGCUUUACGGAGUCGAACUGAAAAAGGAAGCGGUUGAGGUCAAGAAGGCGGCUAGCUUGGCAGAUAUCCAGGCCAUUUUACCGAACUCCAGCUUUCGCCCGAGCGAGACAAGUAAGGAUCCUGAUCAAGCGGGUGAGUCGGUCGGUAGACCCUCUGCGCCGGUACCAGCUCCGUCGCCACCUCAGCAAUCACAAGCACAACUGUCGAUCAACGCGGCGCCAGCACCCGCCCCAGCGAUGGGUGUACAACAAGAGCAGCCGAAGCUCGACAUUCCCAAGCCUACAGAGGCUGUUGCUGCUGCUGUCCCAGAGUCGUCAGCUCAAGCAGUCGUCGAGACCGGCCCGAAGUCGAAGGAUGGCCCUCACGUUGUGAUUCCGGUGGCAGGCCAUGACGAAGCUUAUAGCCCUGGGGGACGGCCACUGAUGACAAAAGCCGCGGAUGGAGGUGAGGAGCAAUCCUACAGCCCCGGUGGUCGUCCAAUCGCUGCCAAAUCCGUUGCGACCUCGUCGACGAAACCUCCUUCAAUUAGCACGGUUGUCCAAGCGCAACAUCCUCAACGAUCAGAAGACAUGUUAUCGCCGAGCAAUGACGCUCCAAUGGUCAUCGAAGACUAUGCAACCCCUGAACCAGCUUCACCAAGCAUGAACGCUCCAAUAGUCGUCAUUCCUGAGGCUCCGCAGACCCAGGCUUCGGCGGCACGACCUUCUCAAGGCAACGGCAGCAAGCCGGUCGUGCCCAUCAAAUUCGAGCCUUCUCGUCCUGCAUACACGCCAUUCCGCUACAGUGUCGGCGUCCAAGAAGAGAAGAGCAAGACCCUCAAACCAGCAGACCAGGCGUAUUCCUCGUUGCGAAACUCGGUGGCCGAUUCAGGUCGCUUGAUGGCCCAGGACACGACACUACUGGCGCCUGUAAGACCGUCCUCCACCAGCGGCAAAAAGGAACACGAAGAGGCGUUCAUUGGCUUAAUUAGAAAGCAGAGCAUGGCUGUGAGACAGAAGAAUCUGGGAUCGGGCCCAGGACUACCGCCCCCCGGAAUCAGGCCCGGCAACGAACCCAAUCGCGCCACUCCCUCUCCUCGGCCUGAGCCGCCCCUGAUCAUGCGCGCUGGGACACCCGCCACAGCGCCGAUUCAGCAACCACGGGGGCCAAUGGAUCCCCUCAAAGCCGCAGUGGCCGCACUGCGUUCCCUGUUGCCGCCCGCCACGGACAUAUUCUCCCCAAUAGAAGCCAUUCCUGAACAUCCGAAACUCAAACUCAUCAAGUCCAAGAUCGACUCCAUCCCCGACGGUUUCUCCUUCAUCCACGACACCGUCGUGGAAUGGGACCGCACCAAUCGACUUGUCCGCAAAGAACAAGAAUCUGAACGACAGGCCCGCCAAGAAGAGUCUGAGGGCCACAUUGACGCCCUCUUCAAUGACAACGAAAUUGGAUACGCGGAUAUUGGAGAGUUGGAGGCGGAAUUCAAGCUCAAGGAGGCGGAGAGAAGGUUCGACGAGGAUCAAGCUGAGCUGGAAAGCUUUACGAGCCAAGUUUUCGUGGUUGUGACGGAGCGAUUGCAGAAAGAAAUUACGGAGCUGAUGACGGCGUACACGAUGGCGAUUGACCUCCUCGACAUCGACAGUUUGGCGGUGUCGCGGUGCUUCAAGGCCAACGACAGGACGACUGCGGUGAGGAUGACCGAAGUCAUGUCGUACGUCCUCACCUUGUUUAACAAGAUCGAAAUCCGACAUACCAAAGUGGCCGAGGCACACGUGGAGCGCGAGAGGCGUCGCAAACACCUCGAACUCACUGUGCUAUACACCAACGGCGACGUGCAAGGCGUGAAGAAAUUGGAAAAAGAAUUUGCCGUGGCGGAGAAGAUGGCCGUCCUGCACGAAGCGCGGGGCCGAGAUAACAGGGCGAACAAACUAAUGGAUUCGUUCGAUCGGGCCACCGUCCGCGGGCUGGGCGACAAUCAGGUCUUCACGGACGAGGUCUUGAGCAAACUUCAGGAUGUCAAGAGGGCGAUCGACGCGGGAGCAAUCCAGAACGAGAAAGAGAAGUUGUUCGAAGCGGACGGUGCGCGGGAUACGCUGUCACUUGCUCAAAACGCCCUGGACACCGUCAUGGCUGAUUCGCGGCGGCUCCUGGCACUCUCGAACGAGGCAGACCUCUUGCUCAACGACGCCGACUACAAUGUGUCGGUCGCGGAGGCGCGGGUAGCCAACGCAGACAAACCGACAUAUGCGACCCUGGAGAGUGAAAAGGCCAAAGAGGACGCGAAGCUCAUUGAAGAGAUGAAUGCGCGAAUCAGCAGCGUCACCAGGGGACCACAGGAUGGCCUCUCUUUGAUCCGCGGCUUAAUCGACCGAAUUGGGGAUGAUCCAGCACACCAGGAAAGGAUCAAGAAGGCCUUGGAGGCGGCGAAGAUGCGGAAUGCUAAUGGGGCGAAUGAGGUUGGAUGA